UUGAUCACAAUCUCACAUUUUGGUAGAGAUUGAUAAUCACUCAUUUGAAUGAUUGUUGGUGGGACCAAAAAAAAGUAAUACAUGUAUUUUGUCACAAAUUAAAAAAAGACUUAAUCUUGACAUUAUAUGCAUUAGCUAAAUACAUUGCUUGAAAUCACAACCUCCGCAGGUGGCCCCCAAAUUUAGUAGGACCCGCUGUCACAAAGUGGCACAUGGGGCUGAGGUUCCUGGGUCUACAAAAAAUCACAACCUCCAAAUGAAUCGUUUGUCGGUUUAAAAUUGGUUAGCUGGUUCCCCGGCCCCUUGAGCACAAAACAACAACGUGGGUGGUUAAUCCGCAGGUUAAUAUCGAUUCACCUGCAAAUAACUCGAACUGCAAACAGUGGGUGAUUGAUAUGGUUGGUUUGUGACUUGAUAAAUAUCUCACCCGCACUUAUGUGGAUGGGUGGUGGGUGGAUUGCGGGUCACCCAAAUGACCCGCGCCCUAUUUUCACAGUGGGUGGUUGAUUGUUUCUUAUACUAUCGAAUAUUCAUCAUAUUUCCAAUCGCAUUACACAUUGACCAUCUACUUUUUUGCUACAAUUAUUGGUCAUUGUGUUGUGUAAUAUCCAUUAGAUAUUGGAUAUUGGGAUGCAAAUUAUUGUUAAUAUCCAUUAGAUAUUGGGAUUCAAACUAUAAACUAUUAAUUAUUUCAAAAUGACAAAAUGCGUAAGUUUUCUCUACACAAUUGGUUGAUAGAGUAAUGAAAAUUUUGAUGCCAAUACUACAUGGAUUCACAUGAGAUUACAUGAGAAGUGUCUAAAUUGAUACAAUCUUACUAAUUUGCUAUGAACUUAUUAUCAUUGUUAAUCAACAUUCUUAAUGACUAGUUGGAGAAUUACUUUUGCGGGUUAACCCACGACCCAACCGCACCCAUCCGCCACCCACCCAACCCGAUCCACAGAAGAAUGUAUAUGAGCUUGAAAUUUUUAUUUUAUUUUCUAAUUUAUUUUAUUUUAUAUAAUUUAAACAUAAUUUUUAAUUACAUAUGCAAUUGCAAGUGGAUUGCAUUGAUGUAGGUCCAAUGACAUUUAUAUGAGUUGGAUUGCAAAAGUAUUGAGGUGGAAAAAAAACUUCAUAUGCAAUUAAACUUGCAAUUACAUUGAUGUGUAUGCUGUUAAAAAUAUAUAAAAUUAAUUAUUUUAAAAAUAAAUAUAUAAAUAAUAGUAAGUUAACAAUUUAAUUCAUAAACGUGCUAUAUGAGUUAUAUAUGUGUUUAGUACGGAAGCCAUUAAAUGAACGAAAAAAAUAAAAUAACUUGAAAAUUAUAAAAAAAUAAAAAUUUUAAACGAAUAAAAUACGUACGGGUACAUAUACUACGAAGUUAAAUUUAUUUAACUAUGGGAUGUUAACGUAAAUCAGAGGAAAUGGGGAAACAAAGGCCCAUUCAAAAUCCAAUAAUAGAUGGUCCAAAUAAUCGAGUGGGACCCUUGGCCCAACAUAAGCUUGCCCAAACAAAUCCUAGCCGCAGGCCCAAAAACUGCAUCUCCAAAUCUCGCCGCCGUUCCCUUUGCUCUGCAGUUUUUGUUCUUUUUUUCACGUCGGCCUUGCUUUUCUCCAGCAAAUCCACCGUUCCUUUCUUCUCUCCGACAAAUCGCCGUGCUCCUCAUCAUCUGAAAUCCCUCUCUGCAAAUCCGCCGCUUAUGAGCAUAAUCCUGCGAAAGAUCGCGGCGAAGUUGAGAACGAAGUCUCCAUUUUAAGCAGCGAUGGGAUUUGGAGCUUUGAGAAAUAUCGUUCUUCGGCCGCUGGCCAGAAGGCUUAUUGCAUCCGGCGCCUCCACUACUUCCAAUUCGUCAUUGGCGGGAAAACCCGAUUGUCGAUUUGGUCUCGGCCUCCGUCAAGCUCCUUCACCACCGUUGUUGGGCCAGCAGCAGCUGUGGCGUCAUUUCAGUUUCUUUUCAGAGUCUGGUUACGACAGGUUAACGGACACGAGAUUACCGAAUCGCCGGAAAAGGGCCGGCUUGAGACCUGCCGGGGCAUUUGCUUGGGUGAAGUAUGAUGCUGGAGAGCCGAUUAAACCCAGUAACCCUAAUGAAGGAAGUGUCAAGAGAAGGAAUGAGAAGAAGCGUAGAAUGUUACACCGCGCCUUUGUAAAGGGACGUAUCGAAUUGGCUUUAGUUUUGACUUGAUUGUUGCUGGAUUGUGCCUGGAUAACUUGAAAUUCAACAGUUAAACAAUGGGUUUGAGCAAGCAUAUAGAGAACAGUGCAGACAUUAUUGGCUUUCUCUCUGUCAAGAAUUAGUUGUCUCGAUAACUUGGGAGAGUUUUCAAAAGCAUGAAUCUUGUACAAUUCUGAUGCAUGUUUGAUGGCUGUCAUUACUAACUACAUCAGUUGCAACUAUCUUAGGGCCCGUUACGACGUUAGAAAUCACCGAAGUGCAUUACUUUCUUCAUUGGGAUGGAUUAGAUUAACGGACAUGAAUAAACCUGUGGUGGUGUUUAACUUAAAACUUGAACAGACGGAGGCAAAGAAGAGGAAAGUUGAGUUGCAGGCAGCUAACAGGAGGAAAAUGGCCGCGAGAGUGGACCGCAAAAUGGCUGCUGUGGCGAGGGAUAGAGCUUGGGCAGAAAGAUUGGAACAACUGCAGCGACUCGAGCAAGAGAAGAAGAAAAACUACUCCAUGGAGUCGUAAGAGUUUUAGUGUCAUACAUUCUCUAUUCCCGAAUGCCUCUGCUGCAGCAGCUUUUGCCUGUUAACCGCAGAACAAGAAAACCCAAAAAAUCACCUUGAAUAAAUAUUUAUACCUAUUUUUUAUAAGAGUUUAUUAUUUAUACUUGAUAAAGUUCAUCUACAGUAAAAACAUAAUGGUAAUUUAAACUGUAAUUUAAAAUUCACUUACCGUGACUAACGACCAAGUCAUAGUUGACAAUGGAUUUGUUCUUCUGACCCGAGUUUGAUUCCCUUUUUCCUCUUAUUUCUUCGUCUGCUCCAACGCAUGGUUUGCUGCCAUCCACAACUCUGCAUUGCAACUCGACAAACAUAUCAACCACUGUUUAGAUGCUUUUUUGGAUCCAUGAUCCAAUCCGCCAAUCCAUUUGAUUCAUUGAUCCACCAAUUCAAUUCAGCAAUCCACUACGAUCUUGCAUAGAGAGUGAGUCAUUGAUAAAAUGCAAUCUGUAUUUCAUUUUGAGAGCCAUUCUUACAGUUCUCUGCCAUGUUUGAUAGUUCCUAAUCGUACCACACAAAAUUUCAGAAACAAUAGACCACAGCCCAGAUUUUCACUUGGAUUGAUAUUAUAUGGACUAUGAAGCUAAGCCACACCUCUGAGAAGCCUAUCCUAUGAUCAUAUAACUGAUGCAAAAUUUACCGUGUAGUUACGCCACCUGCUCAAAGGACAAAUGAGCAUUGAUAAUGGGGCAAUCGACCCACCACACCAACCUAGAAAAGGAGAGGUUUAUAAGCAGGCUAGAUGCCAAUUUCCUGUCACUAUAGCGGUUGUCUUCCCAAUGAACCUCAAUUCCGUGG